CUUUCGGAAGCUGCCCUGGCCUGCAGCCUUCACCACAGAGCUUGGGUCUGGGGUAGACACAGGGUCUGGGGCACAUGGUUUCAGUUAAACAAAGUAGUUCUCUCCUUUGCAUAAGCAGAGAUUGAGAUCUCUUUCCAGUGACCUUGGAGGGAAGGGCGGAGGAGACUGGGUGCAGCCCAGCCUGUACCCCACUUGCUGCCAGACCACAGACAUGUGUAGGGCCCCCCUGGACAGGAAUAAGCACCCUCCAGCAGUUUCUGAUGAGGAAUCCUUUCAUUUUUCAGCAGCUUGCACAGGAGGCUGGGGGAAAAUAUGGUGGCCACAGAAGGACUGGAUCAUGAGGGUUGAGAGUAAAGCUGUCAGAUGAAGUCGUCAAAGAUGGUGCCAUGGGCUUCAUUGUUGGAGAUGGGAUAUGCCUCAAUGUGUUAUUAGAUCCUGAUCAUUAUUUGGGAACUCUGGGAUGUGAUCAUUCCUGAGGUUUCUUCCAGCUCUCAAAUCCCAAGAAAACAUUUGUGACAGAUUAAAGCAGGACAGCAAAAACAUGCCGCACCCUGGUCCUACAUCACUAAAAUCAGUCCCAAAGUACUGAGCUGGGAUCUGGCCUCAGAAUCCUUCUCAAAGCCCUGUGCUGUGCCGCUGCUGUGAAUUGUAGCUGAUUUAUGAGAUAAAACCUAAUUACCAGCGCUGGUUUACAACAUGCUUUUAACACACUGAUUUUCUGAGCCACUUAAUGGGGCUUUUAGAAUAACCCACUCUGACUUUCUCCUUUUAAGCUUCUGAGUAGUCCGUGAAUGCCUGUAAGAAAUAGAAACCCCCAAAACUUCUUGGGGCUGUGCAGAAGUUUGAAGUUUUAACUCUUCCCACUGUGCGGAUGUUGACUUAGAACUUUUUUAAAAGUUAAAAUUGUGACUCAAACAAAUACAUAGCGAAUCUCUGUCAGAGAGUUGUUUAAUCGUUAUGAGGGAGGCAGCAUGGUGGUAAAGACGGUGGACAGAGAACCCGAGGCGCUGGUGAAUGUGGCCCAUGAACGAGAAAGCUGAGCCAAACCUGAUGCCCGACCCGGACAGUACAACUGCGGUUUGGGGCGUUUGUAGCCUAAUCAUCCGUAGUUAACACCUAACUCUACUGAGCCUGAACCCUGAUCAAUACUAAAUAGUAAGGCCAACAAACUGACCUUCCCUUGGAGAAUCGGGUGCCUCCAGGAGGAAAUCUCUACAUAAUAGUCUGGGGUGGCCCUGAAAGGCUAAGCAGUCAUCUUUUUGCCUCAUUUCCCAGUUUUGGGCAAUUUUUUUUUUUGUCACCAAAGAGUAAAUUGUGAUUUGAAGGAAUGGAGAAGUUUCUUUUGGCCCCCACUCCCACCCCCAAGAUGAGUCAGGCUUGAACCAGCAGGUGACCCCGACUUGUUUAUAGCAUGGGGUGUGGCCAGAAUCACCUGAUAGUGAUGUUAAAGAAGCAGCAGGAGGUUCUCAGGGGUGAAGCAAGUAGCAUUUGCAUAAUUGCCUACAGGGGCCCACUCUCCUCUGAACUUCAGUGGUUUGCAGGCUCCAUGGUGGGCGCCCCACCUGCUCCCUACUUCCCCAUCAGUAGCUUCUCAGUGAAUUCUUCAAUCUAUCGAAAUGGAGUCAAAAUUCAGCCAGGAGGAAACAGUGGGUAAAUUCUGUAGGCAAACUAGGUGUGGCGACUGCUGGCUGCGUGAAUGAAGUCACGGAGAUGGAGUGCGGUCGCUCUGAAAUCGACGAGCUGAUCAAGGAGCCUUCUGUGGAUGAUUACAUGGGGAUGAUCAAAAGGAGCCCUUCCCCGCCGGAGGCCUGUCGGAGUCAGCUCCUUCCAGACUGGUGGGCGCAGCAGCCCAGCACAGGCGUGUCGCUGGUGACGGGGUACACCGCCUACGACGCACACCAUUCAGCGUUCUCCCAGAUGGUGAUCAGCUUCUACUAUGGGGGCAAGCUGGUGGGCCAGGCCACCACCACCUGCCCCGAGGGCUGCCGCCUGUCCCUGAGCCAGCCUGGGCUACCUGGCACCAAGCUGUAUGGGCCCGAGGGCCUGGAGCUGGUGCGCUUCCCACCGGCCGACGCCAUCCCCAGCGAGCGACAGAGGCAGGUGACGCGGAAGCUGUUCGGGCACCUGGAGCGCGGGGUGCUGCUGCACAGCAGCCGGCAGGGUGUGUUCGUCAAGCGGCUGUGCCAGGGCCGCGUGUUCUGCAGCGGCAACGCCGUGGUGUGCAAGGGCAGGCCCAACAAGCUGGAGCGCGACGAGGUGGUCCAGGUCUUCGACACCAGCCAGUUCUUCCGAGAGCUGCAGCAGUUUUAUAACAGCCAGGGCCGGCUUCCCGACGGCAGGGUGGUGCUGUGCUUUGGGGAAGAGUUUCCGGAUAUGGCCCCCUUGCGCUCCAAACUCAUUCUCGUGCAGAUUGAGCAGCUCUAUGUCCGGCAGCUGGCAGAAGAGGCUGGGAAGAGCUGUGGAGCUGGCUCCGUGAUGCAGGCCCCCGAGGAGCCGCCGCCAGACCAGGUCUUCCGGAUGUUUCCAGAUAUUUGUGCCUCACACCAGAGACCGUUUUUCAGAGAAAACCAACAGAUCACCGUCUAAGUGUGUCACUUGGGUGCCCCACCCUGGCUGCGUCCUGCAUCCAUCUCCCUAUUGCAGUGGCCUGCAUCAUGAUUAAAGGAUGUGGAUCCCUCUGUCUGGGGUGGGAUGCCUUACUUUGCACUUAAUUUAGUGAGGGCAUUCUCGGAGGAGUAGACGUUUAAUACAAAGUGGCGGCGUAGCCCUGCUGAGAUGUCAGUGGUGGCCUGGAUGCUGUAACCCCAACCUGUGGCUAAACAUUUUAUUUUCUACAUUUUCCCCUUCAUUAUCAUUAGUUGCUGUGAUUCUUUCUGCAUUUUUGGUUAACUAUCAUUUCCAAAGACUUGUCAUUCAGUAAUAUUAGCAGAUAGCUGCUUUGAGUAAAGGAAUUUGGAGUUUAAAAAUCAACUCGUGAAAACAAGGUUGUUUUUGUCUUUAUCUUUUGUUAGAAUUAUAGAUUUAUGAUUUCAUAGGCUUGAUUCUAUAUUAAAUAUCUUUUUACUUUUAUGCAUUUUAAUAACAUUUAAAAAUAUUUAGAUACAAACCCCCCUUUAAUGAGUGCAAGAAAAACUCUUGACUUGUUAGAAGAAAGUAUAUUCUUUCUAGAAUUCGGUGCAGGAAUAUGUCUUCAUAUCCAGGCAAACGGGUGUAUUUUUAUCUUCAGACAAUCCUUCUCCUCUGGGGCUUUGUUGCCAGGAAGAUUAGAACUAAAUUUAUUUUUUUUUCAUUUCUGUAAUGAAAUCAUCCCAGAUACCUCUUGUCUUCUUUCCAAAUGUUUUUCACAUAUGUUUAAAAUAUUUCUACUUUGAAUUGUCGGAUUUUCCAUGUCCUUCUUUCUCCUUUGUGCCCAGCCUGAGUCAGCACCAUCCCACAUUCAGAACCUCCCAGUGAAAGGGCAGGAAGGGGCCUCACCUGUCAGCCUUCAUUUUGAGAAGGUGGAAGGUGUUGGGGUUUGGGAGACAGCUCAUCCGAUCUCCCAAGUCUCAUGUGACAUGGUGGAUUUGUGACCGUGAGAGUUUCCGGUUUAAAAUAUGAAAAACCAGUUUCGUUUUCCCAGCGCCAUGCCUGUGGAGGUGACAGUCAGACCCAGAGGUCCUUUAGAUGUGGAUGAGCUCACAAGUGAAUAGAGGAGAAGACCAGGGGAUGUGCCUUUUCCGUUUUGUCCAACAAAGCAUUAUAUUUUUAAGAACGGCAGACCUGUUUGCUGAAGUGUUCGUAAGAUAACAAUAGGCUUGAAUCUCCAAUUCAAAUGAAUGUCAAAGCACAUCUUUAAUAUGCUGAAUGAAUAUUUAUUUUUGCAUCCAUUUACAGUAUAUUGAUCUCUUUUAUUCUUUGUGAAAAUAAAAUGCUCUUUUUUAAAA